UUGUGGGGACACGUACACCGCACAUCGAGACGCGGCGACCGCCCGCUCGGCUCGCCGCCGUGCCACUGCUGAAAGAAUUUGACCUACAUUUGAUUGCGCCCGCGCCGCGAGUGCGCGACAGAGACAGCGCGCAUGCCGUCCUACUCAUUCCUCCGGAGUAGCGGGCGGUUGAAUAUUAUUUUGUGCGAUGACAAGGACAGCAUUAGUAUAGCCGUCUUACUUAGUCUAAAAUUGUGUUAGGUAGUCUAGUAAAUAAUCUACCCAUUGUUAUUAUUUUUAUGUACUAGGAAAUAUAUAUAAAGGGUGCGAAUACAAUAAGAUUUCACCAUUCUGCAAUCCAAGUUUUAUUAAGAAACAUCUCCCACUACACGCAAUAAUACCAACAGUGGUGACCAACCGACGUUUACCCGACUUCACUGAAACAUUUACUAUGGAGGAAGAAUUCCGCGAUGCUGUACCCACUGCGCUGCGCUCUGAAGAGAAAGAAGUGUCAACAAUUUCACUGCAAUCAAGAAUACCUGCGUUCUGGAGAGCUCAACCUAAACUUUGGUUCGCGCAAUUUGAAGCUGUGGUUUCUUCGUGCAAGAUCGGCGAUGACCAGAAAUACAACCUUGUUAUACCGGUGCUGGAACGAAUGGAUAUUGAACAAGUCAGCGACAUCAUCUGCAAGCCACCCGCCACUGGAAAGUACACAGCGCUGAAGAGAAGAUUACUGUCAGUAUACGAAGAAUCGGAAUCCCGUCAAUUUCAAAAGCUUCUAAGCGGCCUAGAGCUUGGCGAUCAGAAACCAACACAACUACUGCGCGUUAUGCGUGACCUGGCCGGCGAGAAAGUAACCGACGACGCCCUGAAAGUGCUUUGGAUGGGACAUCUACCCUCACAAGUUCGAGCCGUACUGUCUGUGAGUACUGAAUCAUCUCUAGACACACUGGCGAUCAUGGCAGACAAGAUGAUGGAACACACAGAUCGUAACACCAUCGCAGAGAUUGCUUCAUCACCAUCACAACCGUCGACAAGUCGAGACCCACAUUAUGAACUUCUGUCAAAGCAAAUUGAAAAGCUCACACUCGAGAUAGCAGCGAUACGUGAGAGCAGGACAAACUAUCGCCGUCCUUAUCGUGCACGCUCAAGAUCAAGGUCUAGAACAAAUGGCAAGAAACCUGGCGAUCCCGGUUGGGAAUGUUUUUAUCACCAUCGAUUUGGAGAUAAAGCGAGGAAAUGUGAGCCUCCGUGCGCUAGAAAACCGUCGUCGGAAAACUAACGUUAACACCGA